CUUUUCAGGUGUGGUGGAUCUACCUGAGUGUAGGGUCCGCCAGGUGAGGUAUAUACAUGUAAACCUGAACAACUCUCCCACCUAGCAAAUGGAUGAUGCAUGUUCGAUCUCCUUACGAUUACCUGAUGUGAUUUUUGACAUAGUGAAAUUUUGCGUCAUGGUUCGGAAUUUGCACGUCAACGACUUCAGUCAUCCCUCAUGACGUAGACACAUGCAGUAUGACAGAAGUACAACCAAAUGAUGACCUUCCUCCUCCCGUUCCCGGGUCUCAAAACCUGGGUGAGACAUCAGACCCAUCCUCCUCUGACCAGAAUCAACCACCAGAUCUACUAAUCCCCACCCCCAGGGACAAUGCUGCUGAGAGUGUGGGAGCCUAUAGCUCCCCCGCCCUUAGGGACUUUACCAAGGAGGAUGAGUUAAGUGAUGUGACACUACUGAUAGAAGGGACACAACUCCAUGUGCAUCGUCAAUACUUGGCCGAGUGGUCUCCGGUGUGGAGGAGAAUGUUCCUGGGGGGAUUUCUGGAGCAGCAUGCUCGUCAGAUUCCACUCCCUGGAAAACGCAUCGCCGAGGUUACAGAACUUCUGCACUGUAUCUACUCCUCACAGAAACCCAUUUCAGAUGGGAACGUGCGAUUCCUGUUAGAACUGGCAGAAGAGUACCAGAUAGACAGGAUAAAACGUCGAUGUGAGGAUUUUCUCCUCACCCAACAGAGCAACCUUGAGGCACUGUUUCUUGCCCAGAAGUUUCGUCUACGUACACUCUACCGUCGCUGUGUCAACUGUUCCAAGACUAAAUCUUUACGUGACCUUGAGCGCAACCCUAACUAUGUCAAACUCAGUGCAGAAACUAAAGUAGAGGUACUGAAAGCUAAGACAGAGAUGUUGUGUGAUUAUACCAAAAAUCUGGAAAAUCGGGAGACAUUGUUGAGUCGGAAAUCUGAUCUGCUUACAAUGGAGCGCGACAACAUGAAGGCCAGUCUCCAAGCAAUUCACGGCAUCUGGGGUGUGCCCAAUAAACGAUGUUACAAACACGUCACUGACAAAGAUUUCAACUUCUCCUGUUCGGACUGUAAUGAGAAUAUGUACCGAGAGAUCCGAGCUCUGUGUGGGAGGGGCCAGCAUCUCAGACGCUAUUUUCCACCCAAGUAGGACACACAAGGACCUCUUACGUGUUGUGUGUUCUUUUUCUCAAAGUGGGAUGGUAAGGAUCCAUAGUCAUCCCAUUUAUUACUUCCCGCCUUAGUAGCCUAGGACACACAAAAACCUGUAAUAUUCUGUGUGUUCCUUUCUGUUGAAGCAGGGCAUUAUAAUUCCCGAUAUAGGACAUAUAAGUAUUACUGUUCAUAUACACCAGAACUGACAAGACCUCAUCACUUAUUUAGUAAACAGUCGAUCUGGAAACAUUUAAGUGAAAUACAAUACUGGUACCAGAAAUGGUGUUGAGAAUCAGUAAAGAUUUCGACAUUGAAGAUCAGCUACAGUCAGCUCAUGACAACUGAUCAAUUUUCCGUUACUAAUCGGUUGAUUUAUACAUGUAUGAUGUUACAUUAUAGAGCGUGAUAUUUAUAGCUGUUAGAGCUUUAAGGAAUAACUAGUUAAUCAUCUACAAAUAGAUAAUGACCCUUACUCCAUACUACUUCUCAAUAUUUUAUUUUAAAGAUAUACAUGUAUAAAAUAUCGGUGUGUUCUAUUAUCUGUCUGAAUUGUUUCUGCAUGGGUGGGUUGUGUUUCAGUUCAGGCAGAAAUAAUGAAAAAUAAACAAAUUGUGUUAUUUCCAUAUGCAGGUAAGUUAAUAAAACAGCAUCUGGAUUUAUAAGUAGAACAAAGAUAUACUAUAUAGUAGUAUCAAACAAAUAAAGUUGCAUGACGUGUUUAAUGAAGCAAUGUGAGGAAGUCAUUAAU